AUGGAGAAGGAGAAGUCGCCUCUAGCUCCCACCCAGGAGGUGGAUUCCAGCGACAGCUCCCUGGACGACUCCUCCGAGCUGGUUCCCGUGCUCAAUCUCGCGGAGGAAAAGGCCACACAAGAGCUGCCUUUGCCUGCGUUGGAAGAGCUCUCAGGGCAGGUGCAUGUGAUCUUAGACACUCUGCAGAAGGCACUUCAAAAAAAUCCUCAGCUCAGAAAAAGAGAAGUGGAGGAGCUUCUGCGGACUUAUGGAGAUGUGGUGCUGGAAGGACGGUGGAAGCUCAAAAGCAUCUUGGCCGCCUCGACGAGGACCGUGGUGGCCGUGUGCAGCGACAUCUUCCUUUGCCAUGAUGUGGUGCUGAAGGUGAGCCAAUGCUUUGAAGCGGCUCAGCAGCUGGCACGGAAUAUCUACAUCCUCAAGCGCCUCCACGCGGUGUCCAUCGUCCCGGAGGUCCACUACUUUUCGAGCCCCACUUCAUCAUUGCCCUUCAUGGUGAUGGACUUGCUUCAGGGCAGCACCCUUCAGACUCGCUUCCAAGACAUUGCAGAGGGACAGGCAGAACCCAUGUUCGAGCUUGAGGCCGCGGAACUGGGCUAUUCUUUGCUGACGGGUAUGGAUGCUUGCCACCAGCAGCAGGUCUUCAACUUGGGCUUGUGUCCCGAACAUGUCUGGGUCGGCCCGGACCUCGACGGCUCGCGGAUCCGGAUCCUGGAUUGGAGUCAUGCUGAAGUGGGUGCUGCCAGCGUGGACAACUCUCAGGUCCAAGCCAUUGGAGACAUGAGGCGGAAAGGCCAGCUUCGAGGCAAUGGCCGGCCAUUGUUUUAUACGACCUCUGGCAACGUGGAGGUGCAGCCGAGUGAGAUCUGGGCCUGUGCUCGCAAACGUAUAGGCAAGCAGUUGCAGUCCUUGACGGCGAUGUCCAACUUGUCGAUCUUUGGCCAUGGAAGUUUGUACUACAUGUCCAUGGAGCAGCUCUACUGCGCCAUUAGGUCCUUUCAGAAAGAGACCAGCACGUUGCGGCCCGAACAGACCUGGCAUCAGGACUGGCCGGAGAUGGGUGAGAAUGCAGUCCAUUUAGUUGAUGGCCAUGGGCCAUGA